UCCAAACGCGUGCAUAAAUUUUUACGUACGGGUGGUCCUAGGAAUCAAACCCACUAUCCUGGCAUUGCAAGCUCCAUUCUCCACCAACUGAGCUCCCUCUUUAUCCAUCCUCCAGUCUAUCCUCCUCCUACCCCUCCUCUGUCCUGCACCCUUUCACCCCAGAAGCCAACUUUGAGCUGACCCCGACCUGGCCCUGGUGUUGUGGAGUGGCCCGGUGAAGAAUGGCCCCACCAGCCCAUAUGGAGACAAACAGAAAGUGUAACCACGGUGAUGGAGCUGUGGCAGAUCUUUAUAUUCACAUCAUUCAUCAUCAUAAAAACCCUUUCAGAUAAUCCAUGUAGUACAGGAGGAGACACAGAGAGAGGGGAAGAGAAAGGAAAAGGUUUGCAUGACAAAUUAGUGUCUGAGUGUCUGUGUGUGACCAUUACAUUCAUCACUAGUGUGUGUGUGUGUGUUCAGUGGGCCGGCUUUACUGGCGUCUUUACAGAAGGCCAUAACCAUGGUAACGCCAAGCAGUGUCUAAUAAAAGGCUGCUUUCCUCUGUCUGUCACUCUCUCUUUCUCCUAUCUGCCUUUCUGUCACUCUCUCUUUUUCUCUGUUUCACUUCCUUUCUCUUCCUCUGUCUGUCUUGCCAACCUACGUAGCACAGCAUGCUCAACAUCAGCAAAGGGAGAUAGAUAGAACAGCAAAAGCGAGGCAGGAGAAAAGGACAGGAAUCUGUCUAGCGCUAACAUCUCACCUGCCAUCGAGUGGAGCCCUCUCUGAAUGCAGCCUGCUGUGUCAUCCAUCAUCCAUCUGUGUGGGGGACAUCUUUGAUAUGUUAAAGAAGAGGAUCUUUGAUUUACCCGAGUUGGAUAUCUUUGUGACCUGUUGAGGAAAAAUCUAUUUGAAAUCUGCUAGAAAAGGAUGUCUUCGUACAGUGGGGGAUCUCUCCUCAUUGUGUAUUUCUAAGGAGAAUACGAGAGCGUGUGUCCUUUGUGUUGGCCAAGGCUCUCGGAUUAAUGGUUAAUAGGAUACUGUGGCUGCACGUUACAUUGCAUCAACCCAUAGAAAAGACUUGAUGCAGGGAUGGCCCCCUCACUAUUGAAUUGUCGACAGUACAUGUUGACUGUAGAGACAGGUUGACUAUGCUGACCUUUGUUUUGGCAAAGACUAAAAAAGAAUAGAAUGACAAGGGUGAUAGGAUGAUAUUGAGCUAUAAAUGCAUUAAACUCAACUCUUCAUCUGUCAAUAAUGCGAAGGACACCACCCCGUCUUGACGGAACAUAACAAAAGAACGAUGGUGAGGAGGAGGAACCUGUAGCCGUGUUUUUGACGUUGCCCUUCUCCUACCAUGCUCCCAUACCCUGUGUGGGCACUGUGUAGGGGGUGGAGAGGGGGCAGGGUGAGUGAUGUGUACGAAGUGAGGAAGAUUAAGGGGUGUUCCAUGCUUCCCGUGGUGGCACCCGUUCUGACCACCACCACUCUACCAGUCCACCUGUAUGUGUCGUUCUGUGCCCUUGCUGUUGCCACCCUGUGGAGCUGCCACGCUGGGAGUGGGCUUCUGCCACCUGCUGCCCGCCCCCCGACCCCACCCUGACCCCUGGGUGGACAGCCAGUAGAGCUGGGGAACAGGCGGAAGGAGGGACAAAGGCCUUCUCACAGGACGGAUACAGGUCACACCCUCCAAGUGGCCCAAUGACUUAACCCUCCCUAACACACCUUCCCAUUCCUUCCCACCCCACCCCCACUACUCCCACCUGCAGGGGAAUCCAUUGGGCAGGGACACAGGGGAUGUCACGGACCAGAGCACUGCUGCAUAUGGUGAGUGAAAUGGUACCUUGGAAGCAGUGGAGUCUGCUGAGGGGAGACGGCGCAUAAUAAUGGGUGGAACAGAGCAAAUGGAAUGACAUCAAACGCAUAGAAACCAUGUGUUUGAUGUAUUUGCUAUCAUUCCACCAAUUCCGCUCCAGCUAUUACCACGAGCCCGUCCUCCCCAAUUAAAGUGCCACCAACCGCCUGUGCUUGGCAGUUAGUCUAGGGUAGACACAUUCUGCGAGCUCCAGGUUUAAACUGGGAGACAUGCCAGGCAGUUGUUGUUGUUGUUACUCUGUUUCUUCACAGUGUUGGGUUUCUGGUUCCUCUGAAUACUGACAGGCCUCAUGGGCUCACCACUGGAGGGUGCUAUAGACCUACAAGAGGAAGAGAUGGAACAGUCUGUCUCAGGUCUGACGUUCACCCUGGACCCCUCUGCUGCUGCUCUAUCCCUCCAUCUCUCUCCUCCUGUGCCCUUCCACGGACCAAGCCCUCCGCCACUACCCUCUUGUCACCGUAGCAACAGGGUCAGGGGGUCAGUAUCCCAGGAGUCUGCCCCCAAGUCCCUCCCUCAGUGGUCAGUUCUACUGGGAGGUGGAUGUCUGCAACAGCACCCUCUACCGGAUAGGAGUGAGCUCAUUGGACGAUGCUCGCGGCUGAAGGCUGGAAAGGCGGGCUUGUCCUUCUCCACUGUGUACGAUAGCCGUCGGGAGCCCCUACGUGCCGUGCCCCCCCAGAUCAAGACCCUAGGGCUGUUCCUCAACAUGGGUGGAGGGGCGCUGAGCUUCCACAACCCUCUGACCAAGGAGCACCUGGCCACCCUGCCCACUCGCUUCAGCAAUGCUGGGGUGCGUCCUGCUCUGGGGCUGGGCCAGGGCAGGCUGAGGCUCCGCUGUGGCCUACCCCCUCUGCCCCACGUCUUCCUCAGCCAAGCGUCCGCCUAUAGAGGGCCUUCUGGAGCUGGUUGGGGUCGCUGGCAUAGAUACGUGCCCUUCCAGUCUGUCGGUCAUCCAGAAAUUUGAGGAGCUGGCGGUGCCAGGUUCUGACUCAGGGCUGGUGUCCAGUUUUGGGUCAUCCUGAUCCACUCUGGCCUCUCUCACCGAACCAGGCCCAGGCUUCAGAUUCAGCCUCAGCCCAGGAGCAGCUUGCCAUCCUGGGCAAGAGGGGAAGGAGGCUGGGGCAGAGUGACAUGUGGAAGACAGAGUAUAGCACCUUGUACAAUGAUGGGCCUCUACCCUGCUGGUGAUAGGAGCAAACUACUACCACGUCACGCUGUCACAUAGUCACAUUGCAAAUAGGUUGUUAUAAGGUUGGUCAUGAGACUGUGUGACAAAUUUGUGAUAAACUUGUGAGAUGGAAGGGCCAUUCUUCUGCUAUAUGAUGGGAGAAAACUGAAUAACGCACACACAAACCCUUUGGGAUGAGUUUGAUGUUUGGAUGACCAUUUCCAUGGCUAAUUUCCCAUCUCUGAGGAACUCUCUGUGACUUUCUCAUCAGUGUGACUGUGACCCAGUAAUUGACUUUCUCCCCAGGACACUGGGCUUCCUCUCAGCUACAGAACCCCUGGAGGUUUGGGGCUGGGCCAGCGCUGUCUGUGGGGGGGUUAUGAGGAGGAGGAUGUCUCACUGGGAGUCCCACACUCUGGUGUGGGGGUUGACGGUAGGACAGUAGGGUUGAGACCGGUGGUGGUGGUGUGUGUGUGUGUGUGUGUGUGUGUGUGUGUGUGAGGAUGUGAAGCGUGGGAGUCAGUGGCGGUGACACUACCAGUGUUGACUCAGGGUCACAAAGACAGGUGGUAAUGUACGUUUAUCCCGCAAACCCUGUGUGUGUGUGUGUGUGUGUGUACGUACGCACGCAAGGGUUGUGUGUGUGUGUGUGUGUGUGUGUGUGUGUGUGUGUGUGUGUGUGUGUGUGUGUGUACGUACGCACGCAAGGGUUGGGCCCAGAAGACCUCUGAUGACCACAGGACCCCAAUGACUUCAAAAGACAGCCAGGGAAAGAGAGAAUGAGAAAUAUGGAGGGAAGGAGGAGGCCUUUAUAGAAAUCUAGCAGGUGGACAGAUGGUUGGAGCCGGAAUAAGGCAGUCAGAAAUGUUAGGUUGUUUGUCCAUUGAUUGCGAUAUUCAAUCAAUAAUAAAAAUAAUAAUAAUAUGCCAUUUAGCAGACGCUUUUAUCCAAAGCGACUUACAGUCAUGCGUGCAUACAUUUUUGUGUAUGGGUGGUCCCGGGGAUCGAACCCACUACCUUGGCAUUACAAGCGCCGUGCUCUACCAGCUGAGCUACAGAGGACCACAAUCCUACUGCAACAUUAUUUGUCUGAUCAUCUGAACCAGGAAAUAGUAUUAAAGAGGGAUUUCCCACUG